UUUUAAUUUCCUUUUUAAUUAGACUUUUUAUUAUAUCUGUAUUAUUUGUCAAUUUCGUUCUACAUAUUAAACUAUUUUUGCAUUAAUUUGACUGAUUUUUAGUGGAUGUAGUGUAGUAAUAUUGUAUUGUAUUUCUUGAAUUUGUGUGUAAACGGCGAAUCGAGUAAUGGAAAGUAACUAUAGCUCAUAGAGGGGAAAAAAUAUUAGAAACAUGUCUCUGUAUGAUGAUCUUGACACAAUCAAAGCUCGUACUACUGAGAAAGUCGCUGGAUGGUCUUCGGGAAUAAAAUUACUACAAUCACAAUUGCAACUUAAGAAAGCUGCAGUAACACAACCCAAAAGAGAAGCGUUGCGACGAUCAGCACAGGUAUUGACUCCAGUAAUAGAUUUGAAAAGUAAACAAAAAGAUGAUGAUGAGUCCAAUUCAAAUAGUCCAAAUCUUCAGCCAAAAACAUUGACAGCUUCACUGAAUGUUCGAGAUUUUGAUUGGAAUGUGGCCAAUGAAUAUGAUCCUAUGUGGCCAAAUGAUUAUGAAAAAGUUGCUAAAGAAAUGCAAGCAAAGAGAUUGCAACUUGAUAGUAAUGACAGAAAUGAAACAAGAUCAGAUAGAAAGCGUAAAAGUAGAUUUGGAGACGAUGAGGAUGCCAUUCCAGAGAAGACACUUAUACCUAUGCAACCUGAAGAAGAAGAAGCUGAAGAGAUAUCAAAGCGUGCUGCUGGUGCUGCUAUAGCACCACCACCAUCUUUAACAGUGGAAACACCAUCACCACCACCACCACCACCUGUAGUACCAGCAGCCACUCCUUCCCCUGGUUUUUCUUUAGGUGGUUAUGGUGCCAGUUCAGUAGCUGCGAAAAUUAUGGCAAAAUAUGGCUUCAAGGAAGGUCAAGGUUUGGGUAAAAAAGAACAAGGAAUGUCAGUAGCUCUGCAGGUAGAAAAAACUUCAAAAAGGGGUGGCCGAAUCAUACAUGAGAAAGAUGGAAAUGUAAUGCCACCUCCUGGUUUUGCUGUUCCUGCACCUCCUGGUCCAGAUUCACCUACUGCUACUUCCAAUUCACCCCAGCUUUCUAAACAGGAACCAUCAAUCACCGAGAUAAUGAAGUCACCAAGUAAAGUGGUUUUAUUGCGAAACAUGGUAGGUCCAGGUGAUGUUGACGAGGAAUUAGAACCUGAAGUUAAAGAUGAAUGCAAUACUAAAUAUGGAGAUGUUAUAAAAGUAUUGAUUUUCGAAAUGCCCAAUGCUCCUGCAGAUGAGGCUGUAAGAAUAUUUGUGGAAUUCAAACGAAUUGAAAGCGCCAUAAAAGCAGUUGUUGAUUUAAAUGGAAGAUUCUUUGGUGGUCGUCAGGUCAAAGCAGGCUUCUAUGAUGUAGAGAAAUUUAAUUGUUUACAAUUAACAGAAUAAACUUAUUGACUUAAAAUUAA